UAGCCGUGCAGGGCGCGUGGCAUUGUGGGGGAUGUAGUUCCGCCGCGCGGCCCGGGCUUCGCAACGAACUCAACGUUUGGGGAAAAAAUAAAUAAACCGGAAAGUUGCGGGUGAGAAAAACAAACUUCGUGAAUAAGAGAGGCGGGGAGGCCGAGACGACGGGGAAGGAGCGCAUCCAGGCGGCAAAGGAGGCGGCGGCGACGGUGCGGGCCCCGGGGAUCGCGGCGGGAAGAUGCCAGGCUUCACCUGCUGCGUACCCGGCUGCUACAACAACUCGCACCGGGACCGCGACCUGCGCUUCUACACCUUCCCCAAGGACGAAGAGCAGCGCCGGGUGUGGUUGCAGAACAUCUCCCGUACUGGGGUGACAGGCUGCUUCAGCACCUUCUACCCCACCACCGGGCACCGGGUGUGCAGCGCGCACUUCCCGGGCGGCAGGAAGACCUACUCCAUCAACGUGCCCACCAUCUUCCCGCUGAGAGGAGUCAACGAGAGGAAGAUCAGGAGGUGUCGCAAGAAGGUGCCCCAACAAGCCGGGCCCGACGACGUCAAGCCCAUCGACCUGUCCGGCACCUUCUUCUUCUCCUCCUCCUCAUCGUCCUCGCCCUCACUCCCCGCGGCGCCAACCGCCGCCUCCGCUCGCCCCGAGGCUCCCGAGUGCUUGGAUCAUUCCUACUCACUGUCCUCCACCACCACCUCUGAGGAGCUGCUGAGGAAGCUCAACGAGCAGAAGGACAUUAUUGCCCUCAUGGAGGUGAAGAUCAAGGAGAUGAAAGGCACCAUCCGGCAGCUGAAGGUCAGCGAGGCGAUCCUGCGGGAGGAGCUGAGGAACAAGGAGAAGUUGCUGUCCAUGUCGGUGAUCAGAAAGAAACACGGCAUGUGACUGGUUUUACUCUGACAGAUCGCAACGAACGACUCGACCCGACGAGCAGGAGAGAAAGAACACAUAUACCGGAUCACGACCCCUGUUUGCACGGGAUGUCAAGACUAUUUUUGAGUGUGAUGUUUGAAAUCCGGUAUAGUUCAGUUUUAUACACGUCCAUUGAAACCACUUGCAUAAUUUCUGUGUUUGUUCCGAUGGACUGCAUCUGUGGUUAUUGAUUAUUUCACUCGACAGUACAGACUUGAGGUGCAAAAUAUACCUAACAUUAGAAGUUGUGAAACAACAGGAAGCAGAGGAAGAUUCAUUUAUCGGCGCAAGUAUUUGUUACAUAAAUAUAUGUUGUGAAUCAAUGCGUUCAUUUCAUUAUAAUGAUGCUAUAACUUUAGUGUCUCUACAUAGUUUGUAUGUUGCCCUCUUCGUGAAGUUACUGUACAACAAUAACCAUAAAAUAUAAUAAUUCUAGUCAUGGUUAUACUUUGUAAAUUGGUUUCAUAAGAUUGAUUUCUUUAAGUGUUUCACUACAACUUUAAGAAUGAGGCCUCUGUUGGUCGGGUCGACCAUGGAUGUUGCGUCUUAGCUGCCUAGUACUGUACAUGCAAGCUGGAACACAGGCCAGGACAGUGUGAUAUGGAGAGCAACCUGUUUCCCAUGUAACAGGCUCCCCCUUCUCCACGCAGCUGAUGAAUACAAGGGAACGGCAGAGACCAAUACAGUGGUGUCAGAGGAGUUACCAGUCAGCAUUGAGCUCAAUGUUGGACUGUCUUAGGGAGUCCAGCUCUGGAAUUUUCCUUGAGGUUUACUCCUGAAGCCUUCCUCAUGAGUUGGUGUAGAGUUUUCCUUCUCCAAGUUGAGCUGCCAGCUGUGGCUGAUGAACCCCAUCCCCCUGGAGGCAACUGGCUUUAAGGUGUAAGCAACCUGCCUUUGCCUUUUCUGUCAGUACAAACCGUUCUGCUGGGCUUAGUAGCUAAGGCACAUGUGAAGAACAGGAGCUAGACUUGGUUGUCUGAGGCUGUUUGUCGCUACCUUCAAAACCUACCAAUGACAAAAUUUUGCUCAUCCUUCCUGCUAUCUUCUUUGACUCUGUAUCUAUUCAUUAGGACUUCUAUCCAGCACCUCUUGACAUCUUAUUCAGUAAUAUCUCUCUUCCUUAUUUCCAUUGUUCUAGGCAUGAUUUAAGAAAGCACAAAUCCACACCUGCCAUUUGAAUGCUAAUAUUUAUGUUAUAAUUUGAGGAAAAAACAGUCAUUUUCAGUCUAAUCUUUACAGAAUAUUAUGGAAUUCACAGGUAGCAAGUUUAUGUAAACAAUUCGUUAAUGGAACCUUUAUUUUGGUGUUAAAGCCUAUUCUGGAAAUAAUAACAAAAUGCUCAAGUCUUGUAAAUGGUCACCAAAUAUUUUUAUAGUAUAUAAUCUGGUUUGUGAAUGUGUUGUAUUAUAUGAUUAAAAUAUAUUUUACAUGAAAUUUAUAAACAAUUUCUCAAUAAGCCUCCCGAAUAUAUGGAAUAAUGGAUGCUCACUGGAGUUACAAAAUAAUCUUGUUAAUAAUUCAGAUCAUAAACCCAAACAAAUUUCAAGCAGUUAAUACUGCCUCAUAUUGGAUAUGAGUUACUUAGGGAGAGAGAGUUUUUGAAUUAUAGAUUUUGUUUGAGUUUAUGUUGCCAGCAGUUUUCAGUACAAAGAAAUAGUUCUUUUUUUAAUGUAAAUACCAGAAAUAGUACCGGAUAGUGUCAGUUUUGAAGAUGUUUCUGCUCAUUAAAUUGUGUUGGUCUGUUUCAUCUUAUUCAGCAUGGUUACUGACUCACAAUGAUUAUUGCAGACCAGAAGAAGAAAAUAUAUGAAUUGCCUCCCUCUGUGCACAUACAGAAUUCUGCAUUUUUAGAAUGUUCUAUUUUUAUUUUUUUAAAUUUUAUGUCGAUGCUAAUUAAAACAAUUGUUAUGGAAGUUAAACUGAAAGGUUAAUGGUUGCACCUCAAAUACUGAGAGUAUGACUUAAGUUUUAAUUGGUUGCUUGAGCACUCUACUUUUGACAUAACUAUUACAAUAGGCUGUGUGUUAUACCUAAACCAUACUCCCUCAUUCUCAGCAUACUGGUCAUUGCUUGCAAACUACUGCAGAAUAUCCUCUGCACAUAUUAAAAUGCUCCACAAGUUUUUCAUGCUAUUUAAUCAAUACCAAUAAAUCAAAUUGAUUUCAUGUUGUUGUUAGCAUGUUAGAAAAAUAAUUGUUGCUGCCAGUUUAUUGAAUUCAACUGCAGUGCCUCAAAUAUUAAUGAAACACUCAAACAUUGGUUAAAUUAAAUACAUUUCAAAUUAAAUAGUGUGUUAAGUCACUGUCAAUUCUUUCUUACUCUAUUUGUAAUAAAAAAUGUAACCUCUUCCACUUUACAACUGUGAUCACACA